UGCCCCGUGUGCUCCGCAGGAUGGAGAGAGAUGCUCAGUUUGCCCAGCGCAAGGCGGAGAGAGCCACGGUCAGGUCCCACUUCCGAGACAAGUACAGGCUGCCCAAGAACGAGACGGAUGACAACCAGAUCCAGCUGGUGGGAGGCGACGUGGAGCUGCCCAAGGAGCUGGCCAAGAUGAUCGAGCAGGACAACGAGGAGGAGGAGGAGAAGAACUCGGUGAUCGGGCAGCUCAGUAACAUCCAGAACCUGGACCUUGAUUCCUUGAAGGACAAAGCCUCGGCCACGCUAGAGGACCUGAAGCAGUCGGCGGAG